CACUAUUUUUGAAGCAGGUUAUAAUAGUUUGGUAGCCUAGUUGAAAGCGUGUAAUGUGGAACGAAUAAAAUGUACUCUGAGAAAAUGUCAGUCCCUGUAAAUAAAGAUGGACAUACUCUAUGUCAUCAGGGUAGUGAGAACAGGCACCAAAAGAUAAGACGAAGAUUAUCUAGGAUUACUUCUUCAAGAAAAUUGGGACGUGGAAAAGCAAUUGCAGUAUUUACCAGUGGGGGUGAUUCUCAAGGAAUGAAUGCUGCAGUGAGAGCUGUUGUUAGGAUGGCAAUCACAUGUGGGUCAAAAGCAUAUUUGAUUAAAGAGGGUUAUCAAGGAAUGGUUGACGGUGGAGAUAAUAUUGUUGAGGCUGGCUGGGAAGAUGUUUCUGGAAUUUUGCAGCUGGGUGGAACUGUGAUAGGAAGUGCUCGUUGCCAAGAGUUUCGUGAAAGAUCUGGAAGAUUGAAAGCAGCAUACAAUUUAGUGUCUAGAGGAAUCACUAAUAUUUGUGCUAUAGGUGGUGAUGGAUCAUUGACAGGUGCAAAUAAGUUUCGUGAAGAAUGGCCGAGUUUAUUACAAGAUCUCGUUAAUGAAGGAAAGAUAGAUGAAGAGCAGAAAUUGAAGUAUAGUCAUUUGAACAUUGUUGGACUGGUUGGAUCAAUCGACAAUGAUUUUUGUGGAACUGACAUGACAAUUGGUGCUGAUACUGCUUUGCAUAGAAUUGUUGAAUGUGUUGAUUGUAUUUUAACUACUGCUCACAGCCAUCAACGUGCUUUUGUAUUGGAGGUUAUGGGACGUCAUUGUGGAUAUCUGGCUCUUGUUACUGGACUUGCUUGUGGUGCUGACUGGAUUUUUAUUCCUGAAAAUCCCCCUGGUGAUGACUGGCAGGAAAAGAUGUGCACCAAGUUGGAAAAUGCCAGAUCAUGGGGGAAUCGUUUGAAUGUUGUCAUAGUAGCUGAAGGUGCAAUAAACAGAAAAGGUGAACGCAUCACUUCAGAAGAUGUUAAGAAUGUCAUCAAAACUAAACUCAAGCUGGAUACACGGAUCACAGUCUUGGGUCACGUACAACGUGGAGGGGCACCAAGUGCUUUUGAUAGAGUUCUUGCAACAAGAAUGGGAGCGGAAGCUACUCUGGCUCUUUUAGAAGCCACACCAUCAACUCCGGCAUAUGUUGUAUCACUAGACGGAAACCAGGCUAUACGUGUGCCCUUGAUGAAAUGUGUUCAGGCGACACAAGCAGUACAGAAAGCAAUGGAUAAUUUAAAUUUUGAGGAAGCUGCAAAUUUACGGGGAAGAACCUUCAUGGGAAAUUUGGACAUUUACAAAAAACUUGGUGCUAUCACAAAGAGCAAUGAACAUGUUGAUAAUAUGACUAAGAAACCGUACAAUAUAGCCAUCAUGAAUGUCGGAGCACCUGCGUCGGGAAUGAAUGCCGCUGUCAGAUCUGCUGUCAGGACUUGUCUCUUUGCUGGUUUUUCUUCAAUUGUUAUUCACAAUGGUUUUGAAGGAUUAGAGAAAGGAAUGAUUGAAAGAUAUUCCUGGCCUGAUGUUGCGAACUGGGUCGGAGAAGGUGGUUCAAAACUUGGUACUAAACGAACACUACCUAUGGAAUGCAACAUGGACAAUAUUGCCAAGCAAAUAAAAGAGAAUUCAGUUCAUGGCAUUAUAUGUAUUGGGGGAUUUGAGGCAUUCCAUGGUGUAUUACAAUUGGCUGAAUUGCGUGAGAAGUAUGAGGAGCUAUGUAUCCCAUAUGUAGUUAUACCAGCUACUCUGUCAAAUAAUGUUCCUGGUUCUGAUCUCUGCAUUGGAUGUGAUACUGCUCUGAACACAGUCACCGAGACAUGUGAUCGCAUCAAAAUGUCAGCAAGUGGAACAAAGAGAAGAACCUUUGUUGUUGAAACAAUGGGAGGUUAUUGUGGAUAUCUUGCCACAAUGGCUGGUCUGGCAGCAGGUGCAGAUGCAGCUUAUAUCAAUGAAGAACACUUCACUAUAAAAGACCUUCAGAAAAAUAUCACUCAUUUAAAGUCUAAAAUGAUCAGAAAAACACAGCGAGGUCUAGUUCUGAGAAAUGAAAAAGCAAGUGAAAAUUUCACAACUGAUUUCAUAUAUCAUCUUUAUGCAGAAGAGGGGAAAGGUGUUUUUGAUUGUAGAGCAAAUGUGCUUGGACACAUGCAGCAGGGUGGUGUUCCUUCUCCAUUUGAUAGAAAUUUUGCCACUAAAACAGCGGCAAAGGCAGCUUUUUGGAUUGCUCAACAAAUACAAGAACAUGUCAAUGAAAACGGCAAAGUAGAAUGCCGGUCAGAGGAAUCUGCUACUCUGCUUGGAAUGAGGAAGAGGACAAUGGAAUUUCAACCGAUCCAACGUCUGAAAGAGGAAACUAACUUUGAUAAAAGAACUCCGGUGUCUCAGUGGUGGUUGAAUAUUCGACCUCUUCUACGUCUCAUGGCACAUUAUGUUGAUGAUACUUCUAGUUAUGAAGCUGAAUCUGCUACAGAAGUUUUUCAACAAUAAAAACACCUCGAAUUUGCAAAGUAAUUUCCAUAACUUAUAUUGUCCUAUUGUAUUCUGAUUCUGCCAGCCAGUCUAAAAUUUUCCAUUUCUUCAUUUCGAAAGCUUGCAGCUGUGUGUUGCUAUAAACUGUAAAUUUAUUGAUUAAAUAAUGUCUUCAUUGAUAAAUCUCAGUUAAUUCCAAUGUUCAAAAAUUUUAUAUAUAUUUGAUGAUUAAAGUAAAUAUUUGAAAAAAAUUG